UCGGCCAUGGCGGCGCCCUGCAGGCGGUGGGUCAGCGGGCUGUUGUCUGUACUGCGGUCCCACCCUGUGUACCGGCCUUUGCAAAAUGGGGUCCCACGGGAUGUGCUGCUUUUCCAGCAUGAACGGGGCCGCUUCUUUGCCAUCCUUGGACUGUUUUGCGCCGGCCAGGGCAUAUUCUGGACUUCCCUGGCUGUUGCAGCCUUGUCCCGACCUCUGAUCCGGGUUCCUGCGGAGGCUCCAAACCGGGGCUACACGGACCUGCGCUCGGCACUCUGGCGCUACGGGCUAGCUGUUGGUUGCGGCACGAUGGGAGCCUUGGUCCUUGGUGCUGGUCUCCUCUACUCUCUCCGAUCUGUGCGUUCAGUCAUGCUCCUUGCAGGAGGGCAGCAGGUGACGCUUACCACUUAUGCCCCCUUUGGCUUGGGAACCCAUUUCACAGUUCCUUUGAACCAGGUUUCCUGCAUGGCCCACAGAGCUGAAGUUCCUGCCAUGUUGCCUCUGAAGAUCAAAGGCCGACGCUUUUACUUCCUUUUGGACAAAGCUGGACAUUUCCCCAACACUCAACUCUUUGACAGCACUGUGGGUGCCUACCGGAGCCUGUGAAAUGUGACUUGCCCUCUCAGAUGAGGAUGCAAACCCUAGGGAUGAAGAGACAACCUAGAGCAAUGAAAAGGCCCCCAGGAUUCACUAAUAGCCAAUAAAUCUGUGUUCUAAAGGGCCGGAUGCACUUCAGCCAUCAUUCUGUCUCCUCUCCCAUCUAUUUGCUUUAACAUCAAGAACUCUAUACCAUGAUGAAGAAAAGUAAUAUAUUAUUUUGGUACAAAAAAAUGUUAAGGUGAAAAGGCAGAGGGGGCCUAUUCUAAUGUUUCCCUCCUGGAGGGAAAACCGAUUCUCAGCAUAAACAGGGCUGCAUUGAGUGAGGCAAAAUUAAAAGCACUUGGGCAUGGAGGGUCUGGCUUCAGAAAGCACUCAAGUAUUCUUCAGGUGUGAGACAGGCGUUGCCCAACAAGAGCAUCGGUCUCAGAGCUCCACUCUGGGUCACCCCUCUCCUGAGGCCGGUAUGGGGCGGCUUCAGACUUGCACUGCAUGACCUGGAGCAUCAAGACCAGACACCACAAUACCAGAUUCACCCAAGAGGAGGUCUGUGAGAGAAAACAGGAGUGUGAGGAAGGAAGCCAUCUCCAAUCCAGUCCUACCCACACAAUAUCCUCUCUAUUCAGAAUCAGGUGACAAGCCCAUGGCUACUUUGAGCUUUUGACUGAAUUACAGGCAAGCAUGGAUUACAUGGUGAACACUCUUAAGCUACAGAUAUUUAAUCUUAGUAUAUCCCUUUGUCUCACUUCGGCGUUUUGUAGAUUGGAGUAAAACUGCACAGCAGUUCCAGGGGGUGUCCAUGAGAUUUUCUGGGCUUCAGAGCAGCUGUGAGAUUGAAGAGAGUUGUGAGAAAGGGGACAUGCUCUAAGCACAUUUAUGGGGAUAACAAUGGGGACUUAUAAUCCCUGCCAGGCUUCCCUCCCUCUCCCAUUACCUAAUUGUAUGGUUCAAGGAGAUGAUGGAAUUGCAGAGAGAAUUGGUGCCAAAUCGAAGUAUACAGGCAGACACUAAGACCAGGAAGAUGGCUACAGCUGAGAUGGCCAAAGCAAUUCGGAGCCCUAUAGAACCUCUGAGGGAGAGAAAACACGCUUUGUGGCUUAGAUGGGACUCAUCUCACCUUGGUCCCUUGUCCUCAGUAGGGCAAUCAAUCACCUGUGAGAGUCCUCGAUGCAGCUGCUGUAGACCCAGAAGAGGAGAAGCAGAAGGCAGUAGAGGGCCAAGAGGCCUGAAGCCCCAGCUACAAAGUAGCAGAGGGAAGAGGCUGAGGGACUUGACAAGACCAGAGAGGAGCCAUUGAGGGCAGCCACACCAUACAAGGGACAGCUACCACCGAAGGAGCCCUGUGGAGAGAAGCUGUUAAAUCCUUGGUGGUUCAGUGCCCUGAGAUGCAGGUUACUGCCAAAUGUUAGGGCUAGUUCCCAAAUUAGGAGAGACUGAUGUGGAUCUGCUGGGAGCCAAGUCUGCAGGGCCCAGAGGGGUCAGAAAAUUCAGUGGGUUAUAAUAUAAAGAACUCAAGAGAAGCACAGCAGUGGUGGUGCACUCCUUUGACUUCAGCACCCAGGAGGCAGAGGCAGGUGGACCUGUUAGUCCUGUAGCCUGGCCUACAGAGGGAGUGCCAAGACUACACAGAAACCCUGGGGGGUGGGAGGGGGAGACGGACCCCAAGAAAAAUAACUAGCUUCACAUUUCCCUGUGAGCAGAGUAAACCCUGACCUUGUGUGCCCUUUAACAAGCAGCUCUCCUAGUCAGUAAAAGAGCGUCGUACACUCCUAUAGUGACUCAAAGUGCUCUUACCAAGACUGCCCAGCAGUAGUAAACCUUAAACGUA